AUGAAGCUCGUUCUUCUCGUCAUCGCUCUCGUCUCCCUCCUUGGCGUUGCCGACGCCGCCAAGGCAAUGAUUGAGACCACAAAGGUCAAGCCCGGCAACUACACAUAUCGAUACUAUGACACCAAGGGGCAUGUCCACCCCCUUGGCGAGUUCUACAAUGGAUGCAGACACCCCGACUAUGACUGGGUGUAUCAGGUUUGCGUCGACCUGAAGCGCAAGAGGGCUCGUCUGCAGUACGCAGACGGUGGAAGACGCUGCUUCAAACAAGUGACGAGAAGCAAAUCCGUCGAAUGCGGAGGAGGUGCCCGUUGCACCACUAAUUUCUUCAUUGAUGCUGGGUGCAAUUUCUAA